GAAGGAAAGCAGCCCUCAGUCCCCACCCGCCCCAGCAGGAGGGGCUGCGCUGGUCUGCGGGGAGGCCCUAACCCCGCCUGCCUUUGGAUGCUCAGCUCUAAGCUGCAUCCGUCUGCACGUCCUUCGCCAGAGCCUUUGGGGAGCGAGAGAGGGAACGUGAGAGAAGCAAAGAGGAAAGAAGGGAGACUGAGAGGCUCGAUCACUUACUCUUCCUUUUUUAUUACGUGGUGCUGGUUGGGUGGCCUUGAGUUCCCACAUCUGGACACUGCAGACGCAGAGCAGGUUUAAAAAAAGCGAGGCACUGCCGCACCCGGUGGGGACCGACGGGGACCGACAGGGGCCGAGAGUUGCGGAGGCCCCGAAAAAGAGCCCUGGUGAAUGUCAGAGAGGAUGGUAUUGAGUUUAGCCUGGCGCUCAGUCCUGCCUCUGUGGCUGCUCUGCGGAGCUGCCUGCGCUCGCGCGGCGUCCGGGGACGACAACGCUUUUCCUUUUGACAUUGAAGGGAGCUCAGCAGUCGGCCGCCAAGAUCCGCCUGAGAGGAGCGAGCCCCGCGUGGCCCCCAGAGGGCUGCCGCCUGCUGCCAAGAAAUGUGGCACUGCAUUCUUUCUCACCCAGUCAGGAGAAUGUUUGCCCUGCAACUGUCAUGGUAAUUCUGACGAGUGCUUGGACGGCUCUGGAUUCUGUGUGCACUGCAAGAAGAAUACAACAGGAGAGCACUGUGAGAAAUGUCUAGAUGGUUAUAUUGGAGAUUCCAUCAGGGGAGCACCCCGGUUCUGCCAGCCAUGCCCCUGUCCCCUGCCCCACCUAGCCAAUUUUGCAGAAUCCUGCUAUAGGAAAAAUGGAGCUGUUCGCUGUGUUUGUAAAGAAAACUAUGCUGGACCUAACUGUGAAAGAUGUGCUCCUGGUUACUAUGGAAACCCUUUGCUGAUCGGAAGCACCUGUAGGAAAUGUGAUUGCAGUGGAAAUUCAGAUCCCAACCUGAUCUUUGAAGAUUGUAAUGAAGUCACUGGCCAGUGUAGGAAUUGCUUAAGCAACACCACUGGAUUCAAGUGUGAACGCUGUGCCCCUGGUUUCUAUGGGGAUGCCAGGAUAGCCAAAAACUGUGCAGAGUGCAAUUGUGGGGGAGGUGCCUGUGACAGUGUAACUGGAGAAUGUUUGGAAGAAGGUUUUGAACCCUCUACAGGCAUGGACUGCCCAACCAUAAACUGUGAUAAAUGCAUCUGGGAUCUGACAGAUGACCUUCGUUUAGCAGCGCUUGCAAUUGAAGUAAGUAAAUCCGGCAUGUUGAGUGUGUCAUCUGGUGCCGCUGCUCACAGGCAUGUGAAUGAUAUCAACUCCACCAUCUACCACCUCAAGACAAAAUUGUCAGAAAGAGAAAACCAGUAUGUCCUAAGAAAGAUACAAAUCAACAGCGCUGAGAACACAGUGAAAAGCCUCCUCUCUGACGUGGAGGAAUUAACUGAAAGGGAAACUCAAGUCUCAAGAAAGGGUGAACUGGUUCAGAAGGAAAGUAUGGAUACCAUUAACCACACAACUCACCUUGUAGAGCAAGCCCACAAUAUGAGGGAUAAAAUCCAAGAGAUCAAUAACAAGAUGCUCUACUAUGGGGAGGAACAGGAGCUUAGCUCUGAAGAAAUCUCUGAGAAGCUGGUGCUGGCCCAGAAGAUGCUUGAAGAGAUUAGACACCAUCAACCAUUCUUCACCCAACGGGAGCUCGUGGAUGAGGAGGCAGAUGAAGCCCAUGAAUUGUUGAGCCAGGCUGAGAGUUGGCAGCGGCUCUACAAGGAUACUUGUUCUCUGUUUCCUGUUGUCCUGGAGCAGCUAGAGGACUACAAUGCUAAGUUGUCAGACCUCCAGGAGUCACUUCACCAGGCCCUUGAUCAUGUCAGGGAUGCUGAAGACAUGAACAGAGCCACAGCAGCCAAGCAGAGUGAUCAUGAGAAACAACAAGAGAGAGUGAGCGAACAGAUAGAGGAUGUAAACACUUCUCUGAGGACAUCUUUGGAUUCCCUGACAACACCUCGUCUCACCCUCUCCGAACUGGAUGAUAUAAUAAAGAAUGCAUCAGGGAUUUAUGCUGAAAUCGAUGGAGCCAAAAAUGAACUACAAGGAAAACUGUACAACCUAAGUAACCUCAGUCCUGAUUUAGUCCAAGAAGCUGUUGACCAUGCACAGAACCUUCAACAAGAGGCUAAUGAACUGAGCAGGAAUUUGCACAGUUCAGAUAUGAAUGGAUUGGUACAGAAGGCUUUGGAUGCUUCAAAUGUCUAUGAAAAUAUUAUCAGUUACGUUAAUGAAGCCAAUGAAACAGCAGAAGUGGCUUUGAACAUCACUGACCGAAUUUAUGAUGCUGUGAGUGGGAUUGAUACUCAAGUCAUUUACCAUAAAGAUGAAAGUGAGAACCUCUUUAAUCAAGCCAGAGAACUGCAAGCAAGGGCAGAUUCUAGCAGUGAUGAGGCACUGGCUGAUACCAGCAGGCGUGUGAAUGGAGCCCUAGAGAGGAGGAGCGCCCUGAAACACAGACUGAAUGACGCCCUGAAGCGACUACAAGCCACAGAGAGAGGUGACGCUCAGCAGCACCUGGGUCAGUCCAAGCUCAUAACAGAGGAAGCUAAUAAGAUGACAGUGGAAUUCCAGAAGGCAACUGCCCUGAUGGCUAACAAUCUAACCAACUGGUUACAGAAUCUUCAAAAUUUUGAUUCUUCUGCUUACAACACUGCGGUGGACUCUGCCAGAGAUGCAGUGAGAAAUCUGACAGAGGUUGUCCCUCAACUCCUGGACCAGCUUCGUACAGUAGAACAGAAGCGGCCUGCAAGCAAUGUUUCUGCCAGCAUUCAGAGGAUCCGAGAGCUCAUUGCUCAGACCAGAAGUGUUGCCAGCAAGAUCCAAGUCUCUAUGAUGUUUGAUGGCCAGUCAGCAGUGGAAGUGCACCCCAAAACCAGUAUGGAUGACUUAAAGACUUUCACAUCCCUGAGCCUGUACAUGAAGCCCCCUCCUGUGAAGCAGCCAAAACUGGUUGGGACUGCAGAUGGGUUUAUCCUGUACCUCGGAAGCAAAAAUGCCAAAAAAGAAUACAUGGGUCUUGCAAUCAAAAAUGAUAACUUGGUGUACGUUUACAAUUUGGGAACUAAGGAUGUAGAGAUUCCCCUAGACUCCAAGCCCGUCAGUUCCUGGCCUGCUCACUUCAGCAUUGUGAAGAUAGAAAGGGUAGGAAAACAUGGGAAGGUAUUUUUAACUGUCCCAAGUCUAAGUAGCACCGCAGAGGAAAAGUUUAUUAAAAAGGGGGAAUUUGCGGGCGAUGACUCUUUGUUGGAUCUGGACCCAGAAGACACUGUGUUUUAUGUUGGUGGAGUGCCUUCAAACUUCAAGCUCCCUGCCAGCUUAAACUUGCCUGGCUUUGUUGGUUGCCUGGAAUUGGCCACUUUGAAUAAUGAUGUGAUCAGCUUAUACAACUUUAAGCACAUCUACAACAUGGAUCCCUCUAAAUCAGUGCCUUGUGCCAGAGAUAAACUGGCCUUCACUCAGAGUCGGGCUGCCAGCUAUUUCUUUGAUGGCUCUAGUUAUGCCGUGGUGAGGGAUAUCACAAGGAGAGGGAAAUUUGGUCAGGUGACUCGCUUUGACAUAGAAGUUCGAACAACAGCUGAUAAUGGCCUUGUGCUCCUGAUGGUCAAUGGAAGUAUGUUUUGCAGCCUGGAAAUGCGCAGUGGCCACCUCCAUGUGUCCUAUGACUUUGGGUUCAGCAAUGGCCCUGUGCAUAUUGAAGACACACUGAAGAAAGCUCAAAUUAAUGAUGCAAAAUACCAUGAGAUCUCAAUCAUUUACCACAAUGACAAGAAAAUGAUUCUGGUGGUUGACAGACGACAUGUCAAGAGCAUGGACAAUGAAAAGAUGAAAAUACCUUUUACCGACAUAUAUAUUGGAGGGGCUCCCUCAGAAAUCUUACAAUCCAGGACACUAAGGGCACACCUUCCUCUAGACAUCAACUUCAGAGGAUGCAUGAAGGGUUUCCAGUUCCAAAAGAAAGAUUUCAAUUUAUUAGAGCAGGCAGAAACCCUGGGGGUUGGGUAUGGAUGCCCAGAAGACUCUCUUAUAUCUCGCAGAGCAUAUUUCAAAGGACAGAGUUUCAUUGCUUCAAUUCAGAAAAUAUCAUUCUUUGAUGGCUUUGAAGGAGGUUUUAAUUUCCGAACAUUACAGCCAAAUGGGCUACUAUUCUACUAUGCUUCAGGGUCAGAUAUGUUCUCCAUUUCGCUGCAUAAUGGUACUGUGAUCAUGGAUGUAAAGGGAAUCAAGGUUCAGUCGGCAGAUAAGCAGUACAAUGACGGGCUUUCCCACUUGAUCAUCACCUCUGUCUCACCUACAAGAUAUGAACUGGUAGUAGAUAAAAGCAGACUUGGGAGUAAGAAUCCCACCAAAGGGAAAGUGGAACAGACACAAGCAGGUGAAAAGAAGUUUUACUUCGGUGGCUCACCCAUCAGUCCCCAGUAUGCUAAUUUCACUGGCUGUAUAAGUAAUGCCUACUUUACCAGGUUGGAUAGAGAUGUGGAGGUUGAAGAUUUCCAGCAGUAUUCUGAAAAGAUCCACACUUCUCUUUAUGAGUGUCCCGUUGAGUCCUCACCAUUGCUUCUCCUUCACAAAAAAGGGAAAAAUUCCUCAAAGCUUAAAACAAGUCAGAAUAAAAAGGGAGGGAAAAGUAAAGAUGCACCUUCAUGGGAUCCUGUUGGCCUGAAAUUCCUAGAGCGGAAUGUCCCAAGAGAUUCUUACUGCCACCUUUCCAAUAGCCCUAGAGCGAUAGAGCAUGCCUAUCAGUAUGGAGGGACCGCCAACAGCCGCCUAGAGUUUGAACACUUAAAAGGAGAUUUUGGCGAAAGAUCUCAGUUUUCCAUUCGUCUGAAAACUCAUUCCUCCCAUGGAAUGAUUUUCUAUGUGUCAGAUCAAGAAGAGAAUGACUUCAUGGCUCUAUUCUUAGCCCAUGGCCGGUUGGUUUUCAUGUUUAACGUUGGCCACAAGAAACUGAAGAUUAGAAGCCAAGAGAAAUACAAUGAUGGAUUGUGGCAUGAUGUAAUAUUUAUUCAAGAAAAGAGCAGUGGCCGGAUGAUAAUUGAUGGGCUUAGAGUCCUAGAAGAGAGUCUUCCUCCUACUGAAGCUGUCUGGAAAAUCAAGGGCCCUAUUUAUUUGGGAGGUGUGGCUCCUGGAAGGGCUGUGAAAAAUGUCCAGAUAAACUCAGUCUACAGUUUCAGUGGCUGUCUCAGCAAUCUUCAGCUCGGUGGGGCCUCCGUCACCUCUGCCUCACAGACAUUUAGUGUGACUCCUUGUUUUGAAGGUCCAAUGGAAACAGGAACAUACUUUUCAACAGAAGGAGGAUACGUGGUUCUAGAUGAGUCUUUCAAUAUUGGACUGAAGUUUGAAAUUGCAUUUGAAGUCCGUCCCAGAAGCAGUUCUGGAACCCUUGUUCAUGGCCACAGUGUCAACGGGGAGUACCUAAAUGUUCACAUGAAAAAGGGGCAGGUCAUAGUGAAAGUCAAUAAUGGCAUUAGAGACUUUUCGACCUCAGUAACACCCAAGCAGAUACUCUGUGAUGGCAGAUGGCACCGAAUUACAGUUAUUAGAGAUUCAAAUGUGGUUCAGUUGGAUGUAGACUCUGAAGUGAACCAUGUGGUUGGACCUCUGAAUCCAAAAUCAGUUGAUCACAGGGAGCCUGUAUUUGUUGGAGGUGUUCCAGAAUCUCUACUUACACCACGCUUGGCCCCUGGCAAACCCUUCACAGGCUGCAUCCGUCACUUUGUGAUUGACGGGCGCCUGGUGAGCUUCAGUAAAGCAGCCCUGGUCAGUGGUGCUGUGAGCAUCAACUCCUGUCCAGCAACCUGACACAGCAGAGCAAAGCUGCCUAAGUACAAAGUUUUUUGGAGCAGUGAAAGAAACCUGAAGUAGGGGGACAGCAACUCUCCCUGCCAGUAGAAGCUUUCAUCUGGUUGAGUAGGACUUAAAUGAAUCAUCAGGGACUGGAUGAUUAUUAUUUCUCAUUUGAAUUCUUACCUUGGAUCCAAAAUGUCAGCAAUGGACAACAAUCAAAGGAGUGUUAAACUUGUAUUUUGUUACUUCCUGCUGGUGAAAUUACUGUUCCUGUUUCUAAUAAAAUAGAAAAGAUUCUAAAUAAACACUGGCACACAUUUUUAAAGUGUGUCCAGAUUCUCAAAUUCAUCUGAGAUACUUUCAAUCUAUAACAAAAUCUCUUUGGUAUAGUUUUCUUUAUCCUGAGAAGGCUUACUAAUUUAAAUAAAAUCUAAAGUUAGAUGAUA